AUUAGCUAUUCUCAUUAGAAGUCAUACCCUCAAGAUUGAAAGAUGAUAUUCAUGUUCCAAUGGCUUCUUCUCUUCUUGGUCACGUUAACCCCGACAAUCAUAGGUGCACCCAACAAGACUCCACCACUCAGUCCGGUCAACCCGUCACUAAGAGGCCACACUGAUGUUUUCGCGACAAGUUCUAAUGACUUCGAAACUUUUUUCUACAACCAAACACUCGACCACUUCAACUUCAAGCCGGAAAGUUAUGCCACUUUUCAACAACGGUAUAUUAUCAACUCUAAAUGGUGGGGUGGCGCGAGUAAGAAUGCACCAAUCUUGGUUUAUCUUGGUGCCGAAGGACCCAUAGACGAUGAUGUGACCGUCCUUGGGUUCCUCACUGAAAACGCCCCGCGUUUUAAGGCUCUUGUGGUCUUUUUGGAGCAUCGUUUUUAUGGAGAAUCAAAUCCGUUCGGGUUAAAAGGAGGAUCGCAAUCGAUAGAGGCAAUGGAAGAAUCAGUGAAAAACAAGACUAUUCGUGGGUAUUUCAACUCGGCCCAAGCAUUGGCGGAUUACGCCGAGUUAUUGCUUCAUAUCAAAAAUAAGUUACAUGCACAUAAUUCUCCUAUUAUUGUUAUCGGAGGGUCUUAUGGUGGAAUGCUUGCAUCAUGGUUUCGUCUCAAGUAUCCACAUAUCGCGCUUGGUGCUCUUGCUUCAUCGGCUCCUAUCCUUUACUUCGACGAUUUAACCCCUCAAGAUGGAUAUUAUUCAAUUGUUACCAAAGAUUUCGAGGAAGCGAGCGAAAAUUGUUACACGACUAUAAAGCAAUCAUGGAACGAGAUCGAUAGAGUUGCUUCGAUGCCAAAUGGUCUUGCUAUUCUCUCCCAAAAGUUCAACCUUUGCUCUCCUUUAAAUAAUGCUAUGGAGCUCAAGAACUACUUAGACUCCACGUAUGCAAGUGCAGCUCAAUAUAAUGCCCCACCAAGGUAUCCAACAACCCGAAUUUGUCAAGGCAUCGAUGCCGCAAGCAAUGACACUGAUAUACUUGAUCGCGUAUUCGCUGGUGUUGUUGCAUAUCAGCCUAAUAGACCUUGCUACAACGUGACACCAGGCGUUACUCAAACUUCCAUUGGAUGGCAAUGGCAAGUUUGUAGUGAGAUGGUUAUUCCUAUAGGCAUAACAAGUAAUGUGAGCAUGUUCCCUAGCUCGCCUUAUGACGCAAAAGAAUACGACGAUGAUUGUGACAAAAUGUUUGGUGUUAUGCCACGGCCUCAUUGGGCUACAACAUAUUAUGGCGGUCAGGACAUAAGGAUGAUACUUAGCAAGUUUGGAAGUAACAUCAUCUUUUCUAAUGGUUUAAGAGAUCCAUAUAGCAGUGGAGGAGUGUUAGAAGAUAUUUCAGAGAACAUACUUGCUGUGAAAACAACUAACGGGUCACAUUGCUUGGACAUAUUAAAGUCGGUGGAGACUGAUCCCGAAUGGUUGGUUAAGCAGCGAAAAGACGAAGUGAAAAUCAUCAGUAGAUGGUUUAGAAAAUACUACCAAAAUCUUCGUUUAUUGAAACAAUGAACUACAUCAAAUUAAUAUAGCAUUUUAAGUUUGAGACUACUCAAAACAAACAAGCUGACCUAAGUUAUGAAUAUAUAUUAUUGAAGGACAACUUAUUAACUUUGAGAUUAUAUGGGUUUUUUUUAGUUUUU